CAUCUAUUAUGUGAAAUUAACAUGGACAAGGUCCGGUCUUGGAGACCAUUAUUUAAAAGGCAAUAUAGAGGGCUGGCGUUGCAUUUACCUUUUGAAAUGAAGCUAGGAGAUCAAAGAACUAAUUUAGAUGAACCCAAUCAACUGGAGAUGUCAAAGGUGGGAUUUGAAGUAUAUGCAGAUGGUCCUACACGGAUUCUACGACUUUGUAAGUUUUCUGGUGGUUGUAAGGAAGAUUCAGUGGUUCGGCCAAAAUCAAAGAUUCGACUGCGAAUUUCCUACUUUUCUGUCCACUUGUUUGAGAACAGAAAGGAGGAUGUAGAUGCAAGCAAGCCGGCAAGUUUUUCCCCGCUUUUAGUUGUAAGACUUGGAAAUAUUAAUGUGGACUCAAUGUUUACUGCUCAACAUACAUAUAAUCAAAUUAGAGUGCAGACAUUAAAUGUGGAUGAAAAAUGGAUGGGAGCUCCCUUCGCUGCAGUGCUUCGGAGAAAUCAAUUAGAUUACUCUGACACAGAUGAUGACAUAUUGCGUAUUGUCUUCAUCCUACUUUCGACCAACUCUAAUGUUACACAAGUUAAAUAUUCUUCCGUUAUUUUGCAGCCCAUAGAUUUGAACCUUGAUGAGGAGACACUGAUGAGACUUGUCCCAUUUUGGAGAACAUCCCUCAGUGACUCAAAUACUCGGAGCCGACAGUUUUACUUUGAACAUUUUGAGAUCCAUCCAGUAAAGAUCGUUGCAAGCUUUCUUCCAGGGGACUCAUAUUCAAGUUAUACCUCAGCUCAAGAGACAUUGAGAUCCUUACUGCAUAGUGUGAUAAAGAUUCCCACUGUAAAGAAAAAGGUUGUCGAGCUCAAUGGAGUCCUGGUUACACAUGCUUUGGUAACAGUGAGUGAAUUGUUCGUUAAAUGUGCACAGCAUUAUUCGUGGUAUUCCCUGCGGGCCAUAUAUAUUGCGAAAGGAAGUAUGUUGCUCCCACCAGCUUUUGCUUCGAUUUUUGAUGAUUCUGCCUCAUCCUCACUUGAUAUAUUUUUUGAUCCUUCAAGUGGCUUUAUCAGUCUUCCUGGAUUCACCUUAGGAAUGUUCAAAUUCAUCAGCAAAUGCAUUGACAAGAAAGGGUUUUCGGGGACAAAACGUUAUUUUGGUGACCUGGGAAAAACAAUGAAAACAGCAGGGUCAAAUAUACUCUUUGCUGCUGUUACUGAAAUAUCAGACUCUGUUCUGAAGGGAGCAGAAGCAAGUGGUUUCAAUGGAAUGAUAAAUGGCUUUCACCAAGGGAUAUUGAAGUUAGCAAUGGAGCCAUCACUGUUAGGAACUGCUUUCAUGGAGGGAGGCCCAGAUAGAAAAAUUAAGCUUGAUCAAAGUCCUGGGGUUGAUGAGUCAUAUAUCGAAGGGUAUUUACAAGCUAUGUUGGAUACAAUCUACAAACAGGAAUAUCUCAGAGUGAGAGUCAUUGAAAACCAGGUUCUUCUCAAAAAUCUUCCCCCAAACAGUACCCUCAUAAAUGAGAUUAUGUACCGGCUGAAGAGCUUCCUUGUAAGCAAGGGCUUAUUGAAAGGAGAACGUUCAACUUCUCCUCAUCCCUUACGUCAUCUGCCAGGAGAAAGCGAAUGGAAAAUUGGACCUACAGUGCUGACUUUAUGUGAACAUUUGUUUGUGAGUUUUGCUAUCCGAAUGCUGAGAAAACAAGCUGAUAAGCUAAUGACUUCCAUCAACCGGAAGAGAAAACCAGAGGUUGCUGAUGGUAAAGAGAUGAUCCCUGUGCCCAACAAAGAGCAGAAAAGAGUGAAUUUUAACUGGAAAGGAGGGAUCCGCAGUUUUUUGUUCUCAGGGAUGAUUGCUUAUGUUGAUGGACGGUUAUGCCGAUGCAUUCCUAAUGCUGUGGCAAGAAGAAUUGUUAGUGGAUUUUUGCUAAGUUUUCUUGAUAAAAAUGACGACAAGUGAUGUAUAUGUUAACCUUCAGUCAACUGUAAAUAAGCUGUAAUUAACCUUUGAUUUCUGUACAUAAUGUGAGUUCUCCAAGAUUCAAGCACGGCUGUAAAACAUGAUUUAAUGUUUUGAGCUCUAGUGUUCACAGGAGCAUAUAUUGUAAUCCAUGAAAGAAACGACAUAUGGCAUAUAAUUUGCCCAAGUUUCCACC